GCUUCAUCGUCGUCUUCCUCGCAAACCCCAUUCUUAUUGCUAAUUCUCUGUACAUUUACAUGCUUCAACCAAACAUCGAUUAAUUUUUAAUCAACGAAACGGCAGUGAUAGGGUUUUGUUUUAGAUAGAUAUCGUGUCAGGCAGUUCGAAGUAAUGAAUCUCUGCCUCUGAGGGAAGAAGCGCCGGCGGGAAGGAAAGAUGCUAGCAAACGGGAGAUAUCAUUUCAGGGAUUUCUCAUCCAAAUUCUUCAACCGAUUUCGUUAUUCCCAUUUCCGUCUCUCUGCGGGCAAAUCCAAUGCAUAUUGUUCUAUCAAGGCACUUCAUGAUGUUGGACAGCCUACUGCUGCCACUCAUCCUCAGUUACUAAAGGAAGGUGAGAUUACUCCUGGCAUUACUAGUCAAGAAUAUGACAUGAGAAGGAAGAGAUUACUAGAGCUUCUACCCAAGAAAAGUUUGGCCAUAUUUGCAUCUGCUCCGAUAAAAAUGAUGACUGAUGUUGUACCUUAUGCGUACCGGCAAGAUGCUGAUUACUUAUAUAUAACUGGCUGUCAGCAACCUGGUGGCAUAGCAGUCUUAGGUCACAAUUGUGGUUUAUGCAUGUUCAUGCCGGAAGGCAAUGUUCAUGAUGUGAUCUGGCACGGAGAAGUUGCCGGGGUGGAUGCUGCUCUACAGAUAUUCAAGGCUGAUCAGGCUUACCCUAUUAACAGAUUAGAGAAGAUACUCCCUACGAUGAUUCAAAGUUGUUCUAAUGUAUUCCACAAUGUUAAGACUGCUACAUCAACAUAUAUGGACCUAGAACCAUUUAGAAAAGCACAUCAGAGUGGUGUGGUAAAAGAUUUAUCCAUUUACACUCAUGAAGCACGAUUGGUCAAAUCACCUGCUGAGCUUAAAUUAAUGCGAGACUCUGCAUCUAUUGCUUGCCAGGCUCUUAUAAAAACAAUGUUGCAUUCAAAGAUAUAUCCUCAUGAGGGUAUGCUCUCAGCAAAGUUUGAAUAUGAAUGCAAGAUGGAAGGUGCUCAACGGAUGACGUUCAAUCCAGUGGUUGGUGGUGGGCGUAAUGGCUGUAUUAUUCAUUAUGCUCAGAAUGAUCAAAAGAUUGAAGAUGGUAACCUUGUUUUGAUGGAUGUUGGGUGUGAGCUGCAUGGUUAUGUUAGUGAUCUUACUCGGACCUGGCCACCGUGUGGCCACUUUUCUCCCGUUCAUGAAGAACUUUAUCAUAUUAUUUUAGAGACAAACAAGGAGUGCAUCGAUAUGUGUAGACCUGGCACAAGCAUUGAAGAAAUACACAACUACUCGGUUAAAAAGAUGUGGAAAGCAUUCAAAGAAAUUGGACUACUUAAAGAUGAUAAGCCUGAAAGAUAUUACUUUUUAAAUCCAACCAAUAUAGGUCAUUAUCUAGGAAUGGAUGUCCAUGAUUGUGCUACUGUGAACAACAAGAGGACUUUGAACCCUGGUGUUGUUAUCACAAUUGAACCAGGGGUUUACAUUCCCUCUAAUUCUGAUGUUCCCAAAAGGUAUCAAGGCAUUGGGAUACGAAUUGAAGAUGAAGUCCUCAUCACAGAAACAGGCUGCGAGGUACUCACAGGAUCACUACCCAAGGAGAUCAAGCACAUUGAAUCCCUUCUGAACAAUUUUAACAAUGGAAUGGAAUCUCAUUAACUUCACAAAAGCCUGCAUCUUUUAGUUAGUGUUUCCUAGACGCUUUGUGCUUGAAGACAUCAAUGUGCAACAAAGGCUGUUUGGGAUGACUUUUGGAACAGAUAUGAGAAGAGGCAACUGUAUUCUUGAUGUUUUCACUUCAAUGGUAAUAUCUCCCUCUCCCAACCACUUUGGAAAUGGUCCAUUUCACUCGUGGUCCUUUUAGCAUGGGAUGAUGAAAUGUUUCCCUUCUUCUUGGAUGGGAAACCACACAUUUGGUUUGUGGCAUUUAUUAUUCCCAAAAUGUGACAUCUUGGGUUACUCGUGGAUUUGCCAACACUAUGCUUGGUUCAAGAAAUUUAAGAGGGAAUAGAAAAGAAAUUGAAAAGGAAAACAUUUUUCUUGUUUGGUUAGAGAGGAAAAGAAAAGAAAAAUGGAAGGAAAAGAAAAUGACAAGGCAAAAUGUACUAACAGUAGAAAAAACCAAACUUCUUCCAUUUUCGUGAGGAAAAUGAGGGAAAAAUAUUUUUUUUCCUUCCAAAUUUCUUGAACCAAACAGUGUAAAGGGAAAAGAGAAAGAAAAGUUCUGCGAGGGGAGGGCAAAGAAUAUGUUAUUAGCAAAAAAUAUAGUCCUUGAAUUUUGUUUUGGAUUUGAACAUUAACGGUUGAGUCUAUAUUUUAGUCCAAAAAUGGGAUUUGUCCAUGUUGAUUUUUGCUUUCCUAGAAUUGAAUUUGAGAUUAAUAUAUUUUGUUAGGAGUA